AUGAAUGAAGAUUUAAAAUUAGGGUCUGUGGUUUGGCCUAAUUUUUCUUCUCCUUUUAGUUUAUCAUGUUAUGCUGUAAAUGAAAAUUGUAAUACAUUAGCUGUUGGUAGUUAUGAGGGUAGUAUAAUUUUAUUUAGGAUAGAUGAGAAUAAAAUUGAAUAUGUUGAUAAUAAAAUAAAAAAAGAUAUAAUCGGAGAAGGUUAUAUAAAGAAAGAUGAUGAAUAUGAUGAUAAGAGUGAUAAUAAAAUUAGUGAAAGUUUUAGUAGUAGUACUAAUCAUAUGGUUGAUGAUCAUUAUAAUGAUAAAGAAAAUAAAAAAGAGGAAUCAUUAAAUAUGGAUAAUAAUAAAAUUGGUGAUAAUAUAAAUGAUAGUGAUCAAAAUGUUAAUACUGAAAAGAUAAGUAAUAAUGAUAAUAUCAAAAAUAAUAAUAAUAAUAUGAAUAAUAGUAAUUAUAAUAGUAAUCAUAAUAGUAAUUAUAAUAGUAAUUAUAAAAAAUUUGUUAAGAAAAAAAAAAAACGAUUUUGUAACCGAAUUAAUUUAUUACCUUAUAAUAUUUUAUUAAAUAAUAGUAAUAAUACAUGCAAUAAUAGCAUAUUACAAUUAUGUUACGGCUUAACAUGUUGUUCUUUAAUUGAAUGUGUAUCUAAAGAAGUAUUGAUAUCAUUACAUCUAGAUAAUAUAAUAUAUUUCUGGUCAAUUGAUGAAGGUAGAUGUUUUAAAGUUUUAAAAAACUUUGAUUUUAUUAUUUAUAAUUUAAGAAUAUUACCAGAUAGAAGAUUUUUAUUAAUUAGUGGAGAGAAAAAAGUUCUUGUUGUUGAUAUAUGGGCUAAUACAGACAAGGAAAUAAUAGCAGAGCUAAAUAUUGAUCCUUAUCAGAAUAAACAGAAUAAAUAUAAUAAGAAAGAGAAGAACCCAAAUCAAAAUGAUACAAAAGAAGAAGAAGAUUAUUAUAUUGGUGAUAUUAAUGAUAAAUAUUAUUCGUCAUCCUAUGGAUCAGAUGAUAAUAAUAUAUACAAUAUGAAUAAUAUGUAUGAUUAUUUAAAUAAUAAUAUGUCAUCUGAUCCUCAAGAAAAUAAUAUCUAUAUUAAUAAUAAAAAUAAAAAUAUGGCAUAUAAUAAGUUCGAUCUAGAUAAAGAUAUAAAUAAUAAUAUUCAUGAGGACACUAUGAAAUUGAAGAAUAUAUUUGGAGUUGCCAAUCGAUACAACAACGACAACAACAACAACAUCAACAAUAAUAAUAAUAAUAAUAAUAAUAAUUAUAAUAUGAAAGGUCAAAAUUAUAAACGAAAGAAUAUCAUUCAUACGUCCGAUUUAAAAUUAUGCUCUAUAGCUACGGGUGUUGUUCCUUAUUUAAAGGAAGAUAAUCAAAGGUCGGUUAUACAAUGUUUUAAAUUAUUAAAACGUAAAUUAUUUAGUAUGAAUGAUAAAAAGGAAAAGGAUAUGAAUGAUAAUAGUGUGAAGAAAAGUUAUGAGAAAUUAUUUGAAGAUCUUUACAUAGGCAAUAAUAAUAAUGAUAAUAAUAUGAGUAAUAAUAAUAAUAUAUUAAAUGAUGAUUAUUUAAAAUUAAAAGAUAAAGAAGUUAAUGAUCGUUUAAAUAAUCUAUUUUAUUGCCCAGUUUUAAUUUCUGCUUCUUUAAAUAACGGAGAUGUUAUAUGUUGGGAUUUGACUGAUUUUUUAAAUUAUUAUAAAUGUAAAUGUCGUUUUGUUAUUAGAACAGAAAAAACAGAAUUAGAAUUAUAUAAUGAAAUGAUAGAAGAUAUAUCUGAAAAUUGUAUAUAUGAUGAAUUAAUAAAAACACGUAUUAGUUCAACUAAUGAUAUUAAUUUAAAAGAAAAUGAGAAAUAUAUAAAAGGUAAAGAAGAUAUAUAUAAAAAAUAUAUGGGUAUAUAUAAUAUAGAUCCAAUACAUAUAGCUAAUUUAAAUGAAUUCGAAAAAAAAACAUUAGAAAUAGCUACCAAUGCAUAUUCGAGUCAAAUAGCUAUAAUAGAUAAUUAUAUUAUUUUAUUACAAAAAACAAGAUUAAUUAUUUAUGAAAGAAAAUGUGUAUCAUCUUUAAAUAAUGUAUCUGAUAUGUCAACAAAUAUUUCGUCAAAUAUGUCUUCAUAUUUUGUCCCCUUGAUGGAUUUAUUCUGUCCAGAUUAUGAAGAAACACAAAAGAGGACAUCACAUAAUACUCACUGGGUUGGAAUCCAGGUUAUUCGUAGGCCUAUAUGGAAGUUUUCAUCAGGUAUCUUCCAAAUGAUGGGCUUUAAAAAAAAGUCUUACAACAUUAUGCAGAAAUUAUCUAAGAAUAUAUGUGGAUCAAUUAUUGCUUGGACAAAUGAAGGAAAUUUCUACACAUACACCUUACCAUUAAAAUUUUCGAGUCUGUUUUUAUCGUUUCAGUCGAAUAUAAAAUCUUUCUUUUUGACAAAGGUGUCAAAGGAUUUGUUAGGUUCCUUUAAUAGUGCCGUUCCUUUGAUUAUUUAUCGUGAGAAUGUUAUGAAAAGUGAUGAAAGAGUAAAAGAUAGUGUAGAUUCUAUGAAUAAUAAGAAUAAAGAAAAUUUCGAGAUUAAAAUUAGUGAGAGUGCUGAUAUGAACCUAUAUAGUAAUAAGAUAUAUUCCUCGGAAUAUAUAAAAAGGUUGAAUAACUCGAAUGAAGAAUUAAUAGAUAAUAGAAUUAAAAAAAGAAAUAUUGAAAGAAGGAAAUAUAAAAAGAAUGAGAAUAUAAAAUUUAUAUGUGAUGAUGAAAAGAAGAAUGUUAUUUUUGAGGAUUAUAAAAAUUAUAAAUAUAAUCCUAUUGAGAAACAUUCUAAAUGUAAAGAAGAUUUUUUCUUUUUUUUUGUAAAUAAAAAUUAUAGACGUAGAAUAAUAGUAUAUGAAUAUUUAUAUAAUAUAUGGUAUAAGACAUCAAAAAUAGAAAAGGUGUGGUUGUUGCCUAAGAAGAAAAAUAUAGAACGGGUUAUUCAUAUGAUCAGAAGUAAAGAUAGAUAUACUAUUAAUAGAAAGGAUGCUAAUAUAAAUGAAUAUGAUGAUAAGAAUUGUAUGGAGAAGGAAAAGACAAAAAAUUUAAAUGAUAAUAUAAAUGAAUAUGAUUUAAAUAUAAAUAACAUGAACAACAAUAACAACAAUAAUAAUAAUAGUAAUAGUUCCUCUUGUGAUAUGAAAAAAAGUGAAGGUAGUAUUUGCUCUUAUGUUAUAGCACAUCAUAAUUUAAAUAUAUAUAUUAUUAUCAGCUAUACUAACGGCUCUGUUACGAGCACAUUAAUAAAUUCUUAUAAUAAUAAACUGAAUAAAGAAAAGGUGAUUCGUAAUUUAUAUAUUCCAAAAAAAAUGUAUAAUAGAUAUAAUAAGGAUAUGUUUAUUACAACACUAUAUUAUGAGAAUAAUUUUUUAAUAGGUGGUAGUAAUCAUGGAGAUAUCUUUAUAUGGAAGUUAAUAAAUUUUUCUCUUGUUAAGAUUUUAAAAAAUUGUCAUUUGUCUUAUGUAUGUAGUAUUCAUAAAGUUGUAAAAGAAAAUUAUAUUUCUAAUAAUUUAAAAAAGAAAAAAGAUAUUUCUGAUACUUGUUUUGUUACAAAUAAUAAAAAAAAGAAAAAAGAUGAACAUGAUAAAGAUAAAAAGAAAGAAGAAAAUUUUGAAGAAAUAAUUAAAGAAGAUAUGAGUAAUUUUAAAAAAAUGGAACAAGAUCAUUGGAUAUUAACUUGUGAUAGUAGUAAUAAUAUCAUGUUAUUAAAUUUAAAUCCUAUAUAUUAUGAUAAAAAUCGAUUCCAUUUUUUUUGUCAAAAUGAUCCAUAUAAAAUAUGCAUAACAACUGAUGAAGAAAUAGAAAAAUAUAAAAAUAACAAAUAUAUGUAUUUUUUUAAAAAAAAAGAAAAUCAAAAAAAAAAAAAAAUCAAAGAAGAAAAAAAAAAAAUUAUUUAUAAUUAUGUACAUAGUUUAUUAAGAAGGUCAAGUCAUAUUGGAAAGGAAAAUAAAAAUAUAUAUAAUUUAUUGAACAUAUUAAAACAUAAAAAAAGUAUAGGCAUGAAAUUAUUGCAGAAAGGAAAUUAUGAUGAUUAUUAUUAUAAUAUGUUUGUUGGUAGGAAACAAAUGCAGGUUUGUUCUUUAAAUAAUUAUGAAGAGCAACAAAAAUAUUCUUUUGAUAUAUAUAAGAAUAUAUAUAAAAGUGUUAAUAAAAUGAAAGGGAUACAAAAGGGUAGCAUAAGAAUGUGUAGUAAUAAAAUGAACGAUGAAAAAUGUGGUGAAAAAUGUGGUGAAAAAUAUGACAAGUAUGAAACAUAUGAUGACCAAAGUGAUCAUGAACAUCUUCUAAAAAAUGAAGAAGAAAGUUAUAGUGAUAACAAUGAUAAUCAUAUUAAAUAUAAUACAAAGAAGAAAAAAAAAAAAAAAGGAAUAAAACCAUAUAUUUAUAAUAAAGAAUAUUAUAUUAUAAAAAAAGAAAAAGAAUUAAAAAAUAUGACAAGUGUCUGUUUCCAUUGUACAUGUCGAAAAUUAGAAAAAAAAAAUGAAAUAAAUUACAAACUAAUAAAUAAUAUAUAUAUAAAUACAUAUUCAUCUUUGUUAUAUAUAAUAUUGUUAAAUAAUUAUAUAUAUAUAUAUAAUUAUAAUACUGGUCAAUUUAUAAGAUCUAUAUAUGAUUCAGAAUUUAUGCAUUUAACUAAUUUUUCAUAUGAUCAGUGUUACUUAAAAUUAGGUAUUAAUAUAACACAUUUAAAUAUUUUGAAUACGAUUAAAAUAAAAGAUGUGAAUAGACUUGAGAAUUAUAAUAUAAUAGAUGAUGGAUAUACGACGGAUGAUAUGGAAGAAGAUAAUUAUUAUGAUUAUAAUUUUGAUGGUAAUAUAUCAGAAAGGAAUUAUAAAUAUAAUCUUGUGAAUAAUGUAAAUAAUAAUAAUUUAAGAUAUUCACAAAAUGAUUAUAUUUUUAAUAAGAAUAAAGAUAGUAAUAUAAAUUAUUUAUCAUCAUCAUCAUCAUCUUAUAUGUCAUCGUCUUCAUCUUAUUCGUCAUCCUUUUCAUCUACUUAUUCUACUUCGAUUUGCUCUCCAUCCAUUUUAAAUAGUUCUAUAGAAAAUGUUGGAAAAAUGAAAGUAUCGUUCGACUUAUCAUUUAAAGAUAAUAUAAAUGAAGAAAAGAAUUUAAAGGUUAAAAAGGAAACUAAUUUAAAACGUGAGAAUAAAAUAUAUAGAUAUAAUUUUGAGAAUAACAAUAUUUGUAAAUAUACAGUAAAAACACAAAUACCUAUAAUAAGUUUUGUUUUAUUUAGAGAUAGUAAUCUAUCCAAGAAAUCUUUACCAUUAACAAAAUUAUUAUAUCAUUUUUUUAUGCCUAAAAAUUGUAUACAAGUAUGUAAAGAGUUAUAUCCAUUUUUAAUUAAUUUUCCUUCUAUACCAUUUUCUUUAUGUAUUCAUGGUAAGGAAUCUUCUUUUAGUUUUGUUAUUCCUAUGUCUACACAGAUAUAUUAUUUUUCUAGGAUGCAUUCAAUGAAAUGUAAAAGGAAUGACACAGAUGUAUAUAUAACUCUUGGUAGUAAACGUAAAGAAAGAUAUAUAUUAAAUGAGAAAAGAAAAAAAGAAAAGUUUUUUUAUGAUUCUUUAAAUUUAGAAUAUGAUAAUCCAUAUAAUAAAAAGUUCAAAAAAAAAUACUUCCUUAGUGAUAUAUUGAAAAAGAAGUAUAUUUAUUUGGAUGUAAUGAUUGGAAGUCUGAAGAAAAAAGCUUUUAAUGAUUUUAGAGAAUUUUCAAAGUAUAAAAAUUGGACCAAACAAGCAAGUGUAAAUAAUAAUUUGUCUAAUUAUUAUCUUGAGGGGGAUAAAACAAAACAAAAUAAAGAAAUAAACAGAGAUGUAACAAAAAGUAAUGGUAAUGAUAAUAAUAGUGUUGAUAUAAGACAAAGUAAAAUGAUAGCUAAUAAUGUGGGUGAUUAUAAAGAGGGUGCCCAAGGAAUGAAUAAAUAUGAGAAUGAUGAUGAACGAGAAUCUUAUAUAUUAAGAAAUAAUAAUGUAUAUAAUUGUAUGUAUUAUAAUGAUAAAAAAAGUAAUAAUAUAAAUAAAAAUAAUCAUGGUGAUGAUAAUAUAAAUAGAAAUAAUCAUGGCAAUGAUAAUAUAAAUGGAAAUAAUGAUGGCAAUGAUAAUAUAAAUAGAAAUAAUCAUGGUGAUGAUAAUAUAAAUAGAAAUAAUGAUGGCAAUGAUAAUAUAAAUAGAAAUAAUGAUGAUGAUGAUGCUUGUAUGGAUAAUACUACCAAUAAAGAUGAAGAAUUAAUAAAAAGUGAUGAAAAAAAUAAAAAAGUUGAAAGAAAUAUAGAAAGAGAUGGAUUUACAAAGAGACGUAUAGAAAGAGAUGGAUUUACAAAGAGACGUAAUUAUAAUAUUUUACAUUAUAAUUAUUAUAAAGAUAUUAGAAUAAAUAGAAAGAAUUCAAAUAUAUCUCCAAAAUGGGUUUUAAAAUAUUUAGAUGAUGAGUUAUCAAAUUAUUCGUCUGAUAAAUCGAGUAUAGGUUUAUAUAUAAAAAAAGGAAAUUACAUAAAUAAUAAUAAUAUUAAUAGGAAAAAGGUUAAGAUGAUGAAGAAGAAAAAGAGUAGUGUAUAUUUAAAUAAAAUAAAUAGUAAUAUACCCAAUAACAAGUGUGAUGAUAUUUCCUAUUCAUUAACUAAUAAUAAUAAAUUAGAAAAAUUGAAAGAAAGAGGACGUAAGAAAUAUAAAAGGAAUAUUCAAAAGAAUAAAGAAAUAUUUUUUUAUAAUAACAGUAUUGAAAUAUAUUGUAAUAGUGUUUAUAUAAAAACCUUAUAUAUCUGUUUUAUAUUAAGAUUUCUAGAAUUAUGGAAAAGUUGGUAUAAAAUAAAAUAUAAUGAAGAUGUGAUAAAUAAUUUUAAUGAAUACAUUAUUGAUAAUUUACCUGGUGGUAUAGAUAUAAAUUUAUUUUUAUUAAGUUAUAUAUCUAUGUAUCCAUAUGAUAAAAGUAUUAGAUUAGAAUUACAGAAUUAUAUGUAUAGAAUAUUACGUAAUAUUAGUGAUAAGUUAUUAGAUAAAUAUACAAAGACAUGUACAGAAAUCUUAAGAAUAAAUAAUAAGAAGAAAAGAAUAAUAGAAAAGAAUAUAGAUGAGAUAUCAUUAUAUGAUACAAGUGGAACAUAUAUUAUAUCUAUAAUAAUACCAAAAAUAGGAUGUUUAUAUUUAUAUCCAUUUAUAUAUGCAGAUGAAAUAUCAUUAACAUUAUUAUUAUUAUUAUUAUUAGUAAAAUCUGAAUAUUUAACAAGUUGUAAAACAUUUUAUACUAAUGCUAGUAUGAUAACAUUAAUAAUACAUCAUAUAUGUUAUUAUAUAUUUGUAGAUACCAAAUAUUUUUUAGAAAAAAAUAUUAAAUUUAAUAAAUUUAAAUUAUUUCAUUUUAUACAUUUAUUAUCAUUAAGUUUUUCUAUAACUUGGGAUCUACAAAUGUUAAUACAAAAAGGAAUAUUUACAAAUAAUAUGAAAAAUGUAUCUAAUGUUACUUUUAAUUUAUGUUUAAAAAAAGAAGAUUUUAUAUUCAAUGAAAGAUUAGUUAAUGAGAAUUAUUAUAAAGCAUUAAAAGAUUAUUAUGUGCAUGCAGAAAUAAAUAUUGAUAAAAAUGAUAAUAAAAUCUUAAAUAAUUCUUUGAGAGAAAUAAAUUUGAAAAAUUAUUUAGAAGAUUAUUUGGAAUAUAUAAAUAAUGUAAGUGAUAUAGAGUUGGAUAAAAUGGAAGGUAAUGAAUCUAAUCAAAAUAAUAUCAACAGUAAUAAUAAUAUGAAUAGUAAUAACAAUAUGAUUAAUUCUUUUGAUAAUAACUUUUCAUAUAUUAGUAAUGAGGAAAAAUAUAAUAUACGAAAUAAAUCGUAUGAAUUAUUAAAGAUCACAAAUUUGAUGGAUACCAAUGGUAGUAGUAAUAAUAAUAAUAAUAAUAAUAAUAAUAAUAAUAAUAAUAAUAAUAAUAAUAAUAAUAAUAAUAAUAAUAAUAAUAAUAAUAAUAAUAAUAAUAAUAAUAAUAAUAAUAGUAAUAAUAGUGGUUAUGUAUCUAGAUUUCAUAAAAAAUAUUCCUUGGUAGAUAAGAAAAAUAAAAAUGUGGAUGAUAAUAAUAAUAAUGAUAAUAUAAAACGUGAUACUUCUUAUAUAACAUUUUAUGAUAACAGUUAUAAUAAAUUAGAUACUUAUGAUAUAUAUGGACAUAUUAAUAAAUAUAAUGAAAAUACUAAUAUACAUUUGAAUAAAUAUGAUAUUGGUGAUAAUAAACAUGAUUAUAUAACAAAUAAAUAUGAAGAGAAAAAGAAUAAAAAGAAGGCUUUAUUUUCAAAACAUUAUAAUAAUGAGAAUUUAAAACAUAGUGAUAAUAAUAUGGAAAAUGAUAUUAGUAUAUAUAGAAUUAAUGAACAUAAUUAUAUAAAUAUAUGUCACUUUAUUUUAAAUAUAUUUGAAUUAUAUACAUUAUCAUUAAAUAAUAUUAGUUUUUUAAAAAUAUUAAUAAAUAUAGGAAGAUUAGAACCAUUUUUAUUUUUAAAAACAUUACAUUAUAUAACUGGAAAUAUGCAUAAAAAGGUAUCAUCAAUAAAUAAAAUUUUAUUUCUAUUAAUAAUUUUAAUAAAAAAUUAUAAGUGUAUAUUUAUAUGGUAUAUGAAUAUAAUUAUUGAUAUAUUAUUAAAUUCAUUAGAUCCAUCAAAUAAUGUGAGAAUUUUAUGUUUAAAAUUAUCAACAAGUCUAAUAUAUACAUUAGUCAAGUAUUAUAAUAUAUGUUCAUUUAAUAAGUUUACACAAAAACUAGCUGUAGCAAAUAAUAUAAAUAAAUGUAUAUAUCUAUAUGAUUUAAAAAGUGCAAAGAAAUUAAAAAUAUUCCAAGGACAUAAAAAAUAUAUAGAUUGCAUAAAAUUUAAUACUAAUGGAACAGCUCUAGCUUCCUAUUCAAAAUUAGACUUAUCUUUUAAAUUAUGGAAUUGUACCAAUGUAGGAUUAUUUAGUGGCUUCUUAAAAAUACAAUCCAAAUGUGCACGUGAUAUACAACUAUCGAAAAUUAAAUCUAGUUAUCUUUAUCUCUCAGAUAGUUAUAUUGAUAUUACUUAUAAAAAAAAAAAUGAAUGGAUAUUAAAAAGGGAAGACAACGCAAUAUAUCUAAUAUAUAUAUGA